CAGGAAACGCCCGCCCACGGCUGCGCGUCUCUGUUGCUCCCCGCCAGUCGCACAGUCCCCCACCCUGCCGGGAGCUGCCAGCUGCCAUCAUCUCGCAAUGCACUCCGCCAUCCAUGCCCCACAGGGGCUGCUCUCUGCAGGGCCGGUACUCCUGCUGCUUCCGGGAGCCGUGCUGGCCUCAGGCUCCAAUCCAGACAGCAACUCCGUGACUGUGGUCCUCCUGGUCUUCCUGCUCCUGCUGCUGCUCCUGGUGCUGGCCCUGGCCUGGCGCAAGUUGAGCCAUGAUUCAGAUGGCAGAUAUCACCCACGCCACCUGUGCCAGCCACACCGCCUGCUGGCAGCCCUGGCCAGGCACUGGCAUGAGCUGCGAGGGCAGGUGCCCCCUGAGAGGCACUGGCAAGGCGAGGACGAGGACGAGGACGAGGAGACCCUUCAGCGGGAUGAAGAGGAAGGUGGAGGAGGGCAGGAGCAGCAGAGUGAGGAGGAGGGCACUGCUGUGCCAGAGGGGACCCCACCCAGCGACGCCGCCGGGGGAGCCCUGGAAGAGGCAGGGGAAGCAGAUGGCGCCAGCGCUGGGGGCCUGCUCAGUGACCUGCACUCCUUCUCCGGGACGGCAGCCUGGGAGGACAGCACAGCGGAGGGAGGCAGCCGCCAGCAUGUCACUGCCCUCUAGAGGAGCUGAGGGAAGGACAUGGACUACAGGGGGGACUGCAGCCCCCCACUUGCUCACUGGGGAGCAGCUAGAGUUGAACAACUGCUCCCAGCCCACCCCCCCAAAGAAGCUCUCCCCUCCCUGCAGAGCUCUCCACCCCUUGCCAUGGGGCUGCAAUGGGGCCCCUGCACCCCACCUCUCCCCCCCCCCAC